AUGAAGGGCAGCGCAUUGUUUGCCCUGGCUUCGGCCGCUGGCACUGCCUCCGCAGGCGUCCACAAGAUGAAGCUCAAGAAGGUGCCUUUGUCGGAGCAGCUCGAGGGCGUCAACAUCGAAGACCAGGUCCAGCGCCUCGGCCAGAAGUACAUGGGACUGCGCCCACAGAGCCGCAUGGGCGAGAUGUUCAAGGAGACCUCCGUCCACGCCGAGAAGGGCCACCCAGUCGCCGUCGACAACUUCCUGAACGCACAAUACUUCAGCGAGAUCGCCAUCGGUACGCCACCACAAGAGUUCAAGGUUGUGUUGGAUACCGGCAGCUCCAACUUGUGGGUGCCUAGCCAAGAUUGCGGCUCCAUCGCCUGCUACUUGCACUCCAAGUACGACCACAGCGAGUCGAGCACAUACAAGAAGAACGGUUCAGACUUCGCCAUCAGAUACGGCUCUGGUAGCCUUGAGGGAUACGUUAGCAAGGACACAGUCCAGAUUGGUGAUCUCAAGAUCAAGGACCAGCUCUUUGCCGAGGCCACAUCUGAGCCAGGUCUUGCGUUCGCAUUCGGCCGCUUCGACGGUAUCCUCGGUCUUGGAUACGACACCAUCUCGGUCAAUGGCAUUCCACCUCCAUUCUACAACAUGAUUGACCAGGAUCUGCUCGACGAGAAGGUCUUUGCUUUCUACCUCAGCGACACCAACAAGGGUGAUGAGUCCGAGGCCAUCUUCGGUGGUGUGAAUAAGGAUCACUACACCGGUGAGAUGACCAAGAUUCCUCUGCGCCGCAAGGCUUACUGGGAGGUCGACCUUGAUGCCAUCACCUUUGGCGACCAGACUGCCGAGAUCGACUCCACCGGUGCUAUCCUUGACACCGGCACAUCGCUCCUCGCCCUCCCAUCGACUCUUGCCGAGCUCUUGAACAAGGAGAUUGGCGCAAAGAAGGGCUACAACGGCCAGUACACCGUCGACUGCAGCAAGCGUGACUCGCUUCCAGACUUGACCUUCACCCUGACUGGCCACAACUUCACCAUCGACGCGUACGACUACAUCCUCGAGGUCCAGGGUAGCUGCAUCAGCGCCUUCAUGGGUUUUGACAUCCCAGAGCCAGCUGGUCCUCUCGCCAUCUUGGGUGAUGCCUUCCUCCGAAAGUACUACUCCGUCUACGACCUUGAGAACAACGCCGUUGGUCUUGCCAAGGCCAAGUAA